UUUGAAAUUAUAAGUUGUUUUCUGUGUAUGUUGCAUUGCUGGCGCUACUCCGAGACACCAAAAAAAAAAACCCCACUAUUUCCAAAUUAUUUCGUUUUCUUUUGUUUUCACAAAACUUUCCGUGGAAGAAAACUUGAUGUGAACAAUGCGUCUACCUGUUUACACAGUGUGAAAAAAUAUCCUACUGUUUUGAUGUUAAUUACUUUUGUUUUCAAAGCAGGAAAAAUUAUCACUUUGUGGGGAACUUAACAGGAAAAAUAAGCGCAUCCAGCUGGCUUUACGUAAACAUUUUUGUUAGCAAAUACUUGAGGAAUGGUAAAUGGUAAAGCUGAAUUACUUGCGUAUCAUGACAGUCAACUCUCAAAACUUUAUCAGCUUUGAACAUCUCUUACAUCCAUAUGCUGCUGACUGUACAAUUUCUUUUUCUAGUACUUUGUGAGAAAUGCAGCUCGGCAGACUACAACAUUUAUUUUAUUUUCUCAGCAUCUGUCUUAAUCAAGAUGCUGUGCAUACUAACAGUUUUGAUGAAUGUUGCUGCACCUGCACUUGCAGCAGUAUCUUCCAGUUGUGCUGCACUUCAAGAUCCUACAGUGCAAUAUUUUGAUCUUCGUCUUCCAAACAUGGAUGUGCCAAGCACUUCAUUAACAACCUACAUAUGCAAAGCAUUUGAGAUUCCUCUUCCAAAAGAUCAAGAAUACCAUGCAGUAGCCUUUGAGCCUCUGAUAGCAAACAAGGCUGUGAUGCAUCACAUGAUUCUCUUCAGCUGUUCUGGAAUGGCAGAUGAGAUGUUUGAAAAACACCAGUGUGGAAGUAAUGAUAACCACUGCAGAACAUGGAUGGCACAAUGGUCAAUGGGUAUUGAAGGGGUUAUCUGCUCUCACAAUCAAGCUGGUGUUCGCUUUGGAGGCAGUGAGAGUUCUCAACUUCUGCUACAGAUCCAUUGGAAUAAUGAAGCUCUCAAGUCUGGUCUUACUGAUAACUCUGGCAUGCGAGUAUACUUCACCUCCAAGUUGCGUCCAUACAACCUUGGCCAUGUUCAGGUGGGUCAGCAAGAUGUGGAAAUCCCACCGGGUGCGUUGCGCCAUGCUGUGAGUGGGGGCUGCAGUGGGCAGUGUACUCAACAGCUUCUGCCACACCCCAUUCACCUGACAUCGGCACACAUCCACAUGCAUUACCUUGGUGCAGGAGGUUGGCUGGAAGUAGUCCACAGCAAUGGUACAACAACACAAGUUUUGUUUGAUGAUAGCUACGAUUACAACCACCCUGUUUUGCAUGUCCUUGACAACAUAGUAACUGUUCUACCUGGCGACUACCUGCGCUUGACGUGCCUUUUCAGCUCAAAGGAUGGUGCCCAGAAGAGAACUCAGACUAUUUACUUUGGUGAGGGAUCUGAUGGUGAGAUGUGCUAUGCAUUUAUUUCCUAUUUUCCUCUGGUCCAUGGAUUUGAUCAGUGCCUUCAAUUUGAUGUGCAUGAAGUCAACUGUGCUCCAAAUGGAUAUUCUGAAUAUUUGUACUGCAUUAGUCGGGGUCAGCAAGACAUAAUCUCUCAUUUUCUACCCGCUGCUCAAGAGGCUUGCAACAACCAUGAAACUGACAUCUCUUGUGAUCUUAAGAGCACUUGUGUACAAGCUAUGAAUUCUCUGUAUGAUCACAAAUGUAUGCAGGGUCGAAUUGGUCACUACUUCAAGACUCGCAUCCUGCCAUCGUUACCCAGUUGGAAGCAGACUGCUGUUGUACAGGAUCAUUAUAUCAAGCAGUGCACUCAGUCGACCAUAAUGUAACAUUUGAUAAAGAACACAUUUUUUUCCCAUUCAUUUAUCACAUCAUGCAGUGUUGUCAACAAGCUAUAUGUACAAACACAAUACACACAGAAAAUAUACAUUUUUCUUUCAAAAAUAAACUGAACAUCAAUUUGACAGAAAUGCUGCCAACUCCAGAACAUAAUAGUACAUUUACCGACAUGAUUUCUACCAGCCACACGCAACAGAAAGCAUAUCCAAUUAUCACUUACACUUUUAAAAAAAAUCACAGGUCCAAUAAAACAAA